AUGGAGGGAGAGAUGCAGCCCGCAGAUGAAGGGCCCUGCGCCUCCAAGAUGUGCCGACAGCAGCGGGGUCCGUACAGCACCCUGAAGCCCUUCCAGAGCAAGCGCUCGGCGGGCAAGUCGCGCUUCGAGCGGUCCGCUGUGGCCGAGCUGCCCCUGUUCGGCGACGGGCAUCAUUUCACUUUUCAUCCCGAGCAGCCUCAUCCUUUCCAGCCGCACCACCACCACCAACAGCGUCUGCAGCAUCUCCACCAAACCAGCGUCGCUAUCAGUAGCAGCCAGCAGCAUCACCCGGCGCCUCAGCAGCAGCAGCAGCAACAGCAGCAUCGUCUCCCCUGUGAGACCAGGCCCAGCAGCAGGGUCCCGACAUCCACCUCAGCGGCGGCGGCGGCGGCAGCAGCAUCUCUUGGUACCCAGCAGCGGCGCGCCAGCAGCGGCGGAGCGGAGCCCAGAUUCUCCCCGGACUGCACCUACAGCAUCAGCACAGAGAAUCGUCUCAUCCUGGAUGCCUUCGCCCAGCAGUGCAGCCGUGUCCUCAGCCUCCUCAAUAACGGGCGUCUCCUGGAGCCUCCCUCCUCCUCCUCCUUCCCCUCCAACAUCAAGCUGGAAGACGGGUCACAGGACGCUCAGGGGCUCCACUGCUCCUCGCAGGGGAAGUCUAAAUCUGAAGAGAGCUCCUCCAGCACAGACCCCGAGGAGGAGGCCCAACAAAGCCAUUUGAACCAACAACAGACCUCUGCAGUUCUCCGCAUCUUCACGGACUCCCUACAGAACUAUCUGCUCUCAGGCCCUCAGCAGCAGCAGCAGCAGCAUCUUCCUGUGGGUCUGGAGGACGAGCAGUGUCCGUCGGCGGAGCCCGGGUCAGGGAUGUCUCCCCCGAGACACAACCUGGGAGGCUGGGGGUCCCCGACCCCGUCAGAGUCUUACGGCCACCCGUCGUCUACGCUGCCUGAGGAGGAGGAGGAGGAGGAGAGCUGCUGUCCUCGCUGCUUGGAGCUGGAGCAGGAGGUGCUGUCUCUGCAGCAGGAGAACGAGGAACUCCGCAACAAGCUGGAGAAUAUCCCAGUUCCCUGUCAAAAUGUUCUUGACUACUUCAAGACUGUUCUUGAGUUUCACAACCAGCUGGUCCAACCGAUGCCAGAGGAGCAGCUCACGGAGGAAGAAGAACGGCAAACAGUCUUUGAGGGCAGUAAACAGCUCCUGGAGAACUAUCCUCUCUUCAUCACUAAUAAGCAGUGGGACGAAGCCGUAAACUCCUCUAAGAAAGACGGCAGACGGCUGCUGCGCUACUUGAUCCGUUAUGUCUUCACCACAGAUGAGCUGAAGUUCUCCUGUGGUUUGGGCAAAAGGAAGCGUUCAGUCCACUCAGGAGAGCCGGGCCUGGAGAGACGACCGCUCAACCCCGUCAAAGUCAGCUGCCUCAGAGAGUUUAUCCGGAUGCACUGUGCCUCAAACCCAGACUGGUGGAUGCCCUCAGAGGAGCAGAUCAACAAAGUGUUCAGCGACGCCGUCGGUCACGCCCGUCAGGGCCGAGCGGUCGGCACGUUCCUGGGCAGCAGCGGCAGCAGCACCAGCAGCCUCUACAUGGACGCCUUUGACGGACAUUUGUCGCAGGACGAACUGUAUUUAAAAGGCUGCCAGAACGGCCAGUCGGACUGA